AUGGACCACAGAAAAAGUGUGGACUUUACAAAUGAAUAUAUUAAACAACAAACAGAGAAUCAAAACCAUACACCAAGGGGUCACAGAAUGAUGGCGAAUUUCACAAUUAGAAAAUGGAAUAGUGAAACAAAUUUUAAUGAAGAUGAUUAUGGAGCAAUUCCAACAAAAAGUUCAAUUGCAAAUUUAUUAAAUAAAUUUUUAAAGAGUAGACCAACUAAAGACGAUUUAGAGAUGAAUAAAAUCUUAAAAUCCGAAUAUAAACCAAUAACAUUAAGAUAUAGUUUAAUUGAAAUAUUAUGUAAUCAUAUUGAAAAAUAUGCUUUAGAACAAGAGGGUAUCUUUAGAGUUAGUGGAUCUAAUCAACAAAUUAGAUUAUUUUGGCAAACUUUUACAACUGAUAAUAUUGAAUUCCCAAUAAAUGAACAUAACGUUGCAGGAGCAUUAAAAUUGUAUAUUAGAGAACAAAGUGAACCAUUAGUUCCAUAUGAAAUGUUUUCAAAUUUUAUAAGUCAACUUGGUGAUGGUGGACCAGUUACAUUUACAGCAAUUACUAAUUUAAUGUCAAAGAUUACACCAGAGAAUUUGAAAAUCAUUAAAAGAUUAAUUAGAACCGCUGUUAUAAUCGUUAGACAUUCUCAAUUAAAUAAAAUGGAUGCAAAUAAUAUGGGUAUCGUUUUCGGUCCAAACAUUUUCAAAUCUAGACCUGAUUCACCAAACAUAUUCUCUGAAGCAAAAUAUUCAAAUGAGAGUGUUUCAUUUUUAAUUUCAAAUUAUUUAAAUGUAUUUCCAGAUUUAGAAAUUCCAAUUUUAGGUACUGAAACUAAUACUGAAGAAAAUGAAUUAUUAAAUAAUAAUAAUAAUAAUAAUAAUGUAAUAAUGCCAACAACAACAACAACAACAACAUCAGCAUCAUCAUCAAUAUUACCAACAGAUUCAAGUAAUAAUAAUGGUGGUGGUAGUGCAUCAUCACCUGUAACAAAAUCAAUACCAUUGUCAUCAAUUGGUUCAUCAUCAACUUCACCAAUAAUAUCACCAUCAUCGUCAUCAUCAUCAUCACCAAUUGUUGGAACAAAUUUAACAACAGGUUCAAUUCAUUCAACUUCACCAACACCAUUUUCAUUAUUAGCAACAACGACAUCAACAACAACAACGAAUAGUAAUAAAGUUAAUUCAAUUAUAAAUUCAACAUCACAAUCAAAAUCACAACUUUUACCAAUUCAUCCAUCACUUUUAGAUACGAAUCAAAUGAUUGAAAGAGUUGAAGGUAAUCCAUUAUCACAAAUGAAGAGAAAAGAUUUUAGUAUAACUCAUCAUUUAUCAACUAAAUUACAAAAAACAAAACAUUUUAGAAAGGAAGAGAUUUGGGAUUGUUUUUUAAUAUUAAAAGUUAGUGGUAAUUUAGUAAAUGUAAAAAAUUCAACAACAACAACAACAACAUCAACAUCAACAUCAACAUCAACAUCAACAUCAACAUCAACAUCAUCAACAACUACAAAUCAACCAAAUUCAAUAACACAAUCAAAUAGUGCAAGUAAUAAUAGUUUAAUUAAUAAUGGAAAAAUUAAAAAAUCAACAACAAAUUUAAUUUCACAAUCAAAUUCACAAUCAUCAUUACAAUUAAACCAAACAAAUAGUAAUAAUAAUAAUAUUGUAACAUUAACACCAGUUUAUAUUUUAAUAACAUCACAAAAUGUAUUCUUUUUUGAUACAAGAAUUUAUAAUAUCCAAUAUAUACUACCACAUUCUAGAUUAAAGGAAAUAUCAGUUGAUGUUGUUAAUAAAGGUUUAUUUUCAAUAUUGGAUGGUGAAAGUCAUAAAUUAUCAUUCUUUUUAGUACCAAGACCAAGAGUUAUUGAUUUAUUAGUUAGAUCAUUAGAGAGAGGUAGAGCAAUUGCAAAGUUGACAAAUAAAUCAUUAGCAUCAUUACAAUCUAGAAAGUUUCCAUUAUUAGAAAGUAAUAGUGGUGCUGGUGGUACAUCAAAUUUUGGUAAAUUACCAGAAUCAAGACCAGUGUUUGAAUCAUUAGCACAAAAUGGCUUCACAGAAUUAGAUGUUUGGGAAGGUACAGUUGAUCUAUUAGAGGUUGUAAAGAAAUUUCAUCAUAUUUUAAUACCAUCAGCUGAUCAAUCAAAAUGUGUAGUUGAAUUCCUUUUACCAGCGAUACCAGAAUUUAAAGGUAUCUAUAGAAAAUCAUAUAAAUUGGAUAGUAAAACAACAGUUUAUAAAAUCAUUUGCUUAAUUUGUGAAAAGGCAAAACUUGAACCAUCGAAAUUCCUUUUACGUACAUUGAAAGGUCGCACACUUUUUGAUAAUAAAUCAUUGGGUGAUUUUGGUUUGGGUACAUUAUUUACAAGUUGGCAACUUCGUUUAAUCGCAUUGGAAUCACCAGAGAGUACAGGUAAUUUCGUGGUUGAAUUCUUGAUGCCAGAUAUACCAGAGUUUAAAGGAAUGCAAAAGAAAGCCAUUAAAGUAGAUGCUUAUCAACCAUUGAAAAGAAUAAUGAAGGGUCUUUGUGAUAAAUUGAAAAUUCCAAAUCAUCAUUACUAUCAUUUGAUCGGUCCAGAAGGUGAGGUAUUGGGUGAUAAUGAUGUACUCUCAAGUAUUGGUUUAGGUAUUAAAUAUAAAACUUGUAAGAUGAAAUUGGCUAAAAAGGUAUUCCCCGUUGGUAAAAACCCCGAAUUAGACACCCCAAUGGUUAGAUCACUAGUUAUUGACAAUAUCAUUGGUUUGGCAUGGUCUAAAAUCAAGGAUAGACAUAAUGAAAGAAUUCGUUUAUAUUGUAAACAAAUGUUGGAUUAUAUCGUUGAUCAAACUUUUGUUGAAAUUGCCAAAGCCGAGCUCGUACCAAAAAGAGUGGCAAUGUUGGGUAAAAACUCACGUUACGAAUUCUAUCAUGCCCUUUCACUUAAAGAAGAGGAGGAUAUGAUCUUAAUGGAUAUUCAAGGUUAUAAAGAAACUGUCUAUCAAUCAAGAUCCAUCGUACCAUCUGAGCCUGACUCUUCUCCAAACUAUCCAUUAUAUCGUCAAAAAUUACCAACUAUCAGAGGUGUUGGUCCAAUCAAUUCAAUUAGAGAUAUUAAAGUUAACAGUGCUAAAAAUAAUUUCUUAUCUGAACUUAAGGAUAAUAAUAAACAACAACAGCAACAACAAAUUGGUAACACUAACGAUGAACAUACAAUAAAACCAUCCCAAAGAAUUAAAUACAUCGCUCCAACACCAGUUUUAAAUAAUCCAAAUUCAAUCGUUCAAUUAUUAGCUUUAAAACCUGGUGCUUCAAAAUUGGUUGAACAAUUAAAAAAUAGAAUGACAAUUACAACAAGUAAAAUUAAUAUUUUUGAUGUUGAAGAUUUAGUUCCAAAAAAUAGUCCAGUUUUAUCAAGAAAAAGUUAUAAAUUAUAA